AUGCCAGUAGAUUUAAGUACCGGCAUAGUACCAGUGUUUUAUCGUGAUGUGUUUGAAAUUUUGAAUACACAUGGUUUAGCGAAAUUAACAAUGGAUUUGUUUAUAUCUCUGUUUGAAUCAGCUAAAUUAUCUACAACAAUCUUAGCGCAAAUUUGGGAUUUGAGUUGUCCCAAAGGCAAACCAUUGACUCGUGCAGAUUUCUAUAAAUGUCUUACAUUUAUUGCAUUAGCUCAGCAAGGAAAGUCAAUUGAUGAAAGAUUGUUGGACAAUUAUACAAAUAAAGAACUUCCGAUUCCAAUGAUCGGCGAUAUUAAUGAUUUAGGAGAUCGUUUUAUACGUUUAAUGCGCGAUAAUCAAUGCGAAACAAUUCUAUGCUUUCGUUACGGCGAUUUAUGUUCGUUGGACACAAUACAAGUCGAAUUAGUACCGGACAAAAAAGGUGUUCUUUUUCGUCAUUUUGAAUAUGAAGUAUCAAGCAUGGAUUGUGGUGACAACAUGAAAAUACAAUUUCGGAAUGCACUAGACGAAUAUAGCUCACAUACAUCAACGGUACAAUAUGAUAAUACUAAUUUGCAAGCUGAUUCAUUAAAACUAUUUAAAGCAAGUCAAAUUCAUAUUAAUUUUAUUCAUCAAACUAUUGUUCAAAUAAGAUCAGGUUUGCAGAAUUAUAAUAAACAAAGCAUGAAAAACGCUGAGACGUUUUAUUCAAUUGAAAAGCAAAUACAGUCACUAAGCACAGAUACAACAGAAGUUGAUCGUUGGGCAUUGGGCGUGAAUGAAUAUUGGUCAACGAUUCAAAAAGGCCUGUCACAAUUACCGAUGGAGUUGAAUGCUGUAGCCGAAAGGAUUACUGAGCAGUAUAAACGUGAAGAUGAAUUAAUUAGUGAUCAUAUAGAUAUGUUAAUUGAUUUACUGCAAGGAUAUAAGGAUCUUUGCAAACGAUUCGAAAUUGCACUCGCAAAUGAACAAAAAACUGUCCAAAAAUUGACCAAUCAACGUCGUUCCAAUACAAUUACGUCAGGAACUAAAAGUCUGGAUGAAACAUUGGAAAAAACAGAAGCAAGAUUGUCUGAGCAUGAAAAUAUUUUACAAGAAAUAGAAAAGAGGAAUACGCAUGCAUUAAAAUGUGUUCAGUUAGAAACACAACUCGUUUAUGCCAACAUCGAAUCAUUUAUUUAUAUACUGAGCAGUUUCGGAAACAGUCAGUUGAAAUUACAUGGUGAUCUUUUACAAGUUUGGAGAGCGUUUUGUCCAAAAGUGUCGAUUAUAGCUCAAAGUUACAUAACUAAUCAAACAACGGCGAACAAUACUUUCAAAUAG